ACUAGCAAACUCCUCUUUCCUUUUGUUUCCUUCAAAACCUCUACUUUCUUCCCUCUGUAACUACUCAACUUCACUUCACCAGUCACUACUACAAGUCCUUUUAGUCAUCCUUCAAAACCAUCAAGGAUUCUUUUUAGUCUUCCUCUCCUCACUUCACUAAGUCACUUCAACCACUACUAGCAAACCUCUCUUUGCUUUUGUUUCCUUCAAAACCCCCACUUUCUUCCCUCUGUAACUACUCAGCUUCUCGUUUUUUCUUUCUGUUCUCAAGAGCAGACAUGGAAACUCCGAAAGAACACAUAGAGCACAUAAGAGAAACAACAUUCUCAAUAGGAAGAGAAAAGAACCCCUUGGCUCCCAUGCUUGAUCAGGCUGUCAAGUAUCUCUCCGCUGAGCUUUACGCCAAAGAUGUUCACUUUCUCAUGGAGCUCAUUCAGAAUGCUGAAGACAAUGAAUACUUGGAGGGGGUGGAUCCUUCACUUGAGUUUGUUAUAACAUCUCGUGAUAUAACAAACACCGGUGCACCUGCUACUUUGCUCAUGUUCAAUAAUGAGAAGGGCUUUUCUGCCAAAAAUAUUGAUUCAAUUUGCAGCGUUGGAAAUUCCACUAAGAAAGGGAAUCGAAAGCGCGGUUAUAUUGGGGAAAAAGGGAUUGGAUUCAAGAGUGUGUUUCUUAUAACUGCGCAGCCUUACAUAUUCAGCAAUGGGUACCAGAUACGAUUCAAUGAAAAUCCCUGCCCACACUGCAAUCUUGGAUACAUAGUUCCUGAAUGGGUUCAUGAGAGUCCAUCUCUGUCUGACAUCAAACAAAUUUAUGGUUCCACUUCUAUGCUUCCGACUACCACGUUGAUUUUACCUCUGAAGCCUGAUAAGGUGACAGCUGUGAAGCAGCAGCUGUCAAGUGUUCAUCCCGAAGUCCUGCUGUUCCUUUCAAAGAUAAAGCGCCUUUCUGUCAGGGAAGAUAAUGAGGAUCCAAGUCUCAACACUGUUAGUGCAAUAGCUAUUACCAAAGAGACUAAUUUUGUGACAAGGAAAAACAUUGAUGCCGAGUCCUACACACUCCAUCUGUCUGCAGAGGAGAAUGAUGAUGAAUUUGCAAAAGGAUGCAGCUACUACUUGUGGAAGCAGAAAUUUCCUGUCAGGCAGGAAAACAGAGUCGACAGGAGAAUGGAAGUGGAGGAUUGGGUGAUCACUUUGGCUUUUCCUAAUGGAGAGCGCCUUCUUAGAGGAAUGAAGUACUCUCCUGGAAUCUAUGCAUUUCUUCCAACCGAGAUGGUGAGCAACUUUCCCUUCAUAAUCCAAGCAGAUUUUAUUCUAGCAUCAUCAAGGGAAACAAUACAAUGGGACAACAUAUGGAACCAAGGAAUCCUUGAUUGUGUUCCCUUUGCUUUUGUCAAUGCAUUAGUCUCAUUAAUCAAAACAGUAGAUGAUGCUCCAGUAUCUAGUUUGCCUCCAAUGUUCAAGUUCUUGCCAGUCCACAGCUCCCCCUUCGAAAAGUUGAAUAUAGUGAGGGAAUCGAUUAAAUCAAAGCUGGCUGAAGAGGAUAUUGUUCCAAGUGAGUCAUACACAGCGCAAAAGUUCUUUCAUAAACCGCGCCAAGUUUGCCGAUUAAUGCCUGCUUUCUGGAACAUACUGAAGAUGGCAAGGGAGCGAGGAGUGAGCUUGCACAAUCUUUCAUCCCAUGGUUGCUAUGUUCUGAAUUUUUCUUUUGAUAAACCAGAGUAUGAUCACAUACUGGAUUUCUUGAGGGUGGAACCGGUAAGCAGUGAGUGGUAUGUAAAGUGCAUCCAAGGUUCUCAUAUUGUAAUGGGAGUCUCAGAGGAAACAUACCUGGAGCUUCUUCACUUCCUUGCUGUUAAUUGGCAUUCCUUGUUUUACCACACAGACAUGGGGAGCAUUCCACUCAUUAAAUAUGUGGGUGUUGAUGGGAGCGUGUCUUUGUGCACCGUUAAUGAAUCUGCUCAGUGGUAUGGUAAAACUCUGUGCCUUUCACUUCUGUCAUCUCAUAUCUCAUGGUUGAUUGAUUGGAACAGGGAAUUCCGAUGCAUGGCAAAUCAUUUUUUUAUGCCAAGAAGUACACAAGAAGCUAUCCGGUCAUCAUCUAGCAAAAAUGAGGUGUUAGAAUGGCUUGGAGAUCCUGUUAAAGUUACUGCUUUAAGCGUAAAUGAUUAUGCAGUUCUCUGCGGAAAUCAAGUCAGUAGUGACCGGAAGCUUGUCAUUGCCUAUGCUCAUUUCUUAUAUCAUUCAUUCUCCAAUAACUAUCUAUCAGGCAGGGAAGUUGCCCCUUUAUGUGAUAAAAUGCCACUUGUUGAUAGCUAUGGUCAUGUGAUUAAAGCAAGGAAUGGGGUUCUUGUCCCGGCUCCUGAAAGCAAAUGGGUGCAAUUGAUUGGUUAUAAUCCUUGGAGGGGAGAAAGCUACGUUGAGUUAGGAGAAGACUACUUGCAUCCUGGAUAUUUUGCUGGCACAAGCACAGAGGGAAAGAAACUCUUGGAGUUCCUUAAAGCUUUUGUUAAAGCUUCUGAUAUUCCUCACAUACCUCCCCCGAUUGCUGGAAUACCUACUGCGUCAACACCACUUACCAAACAAAAUGCAUUUCUGCUGUUGGACUGGAUUCGUGAGCUGAAACGGAGUGGAAUUUCCAUUCCAGCAACGUUCAUGAAUUGCAUAAAGGAGGGUAGCUGGCUGAAAAUUACUAUGAAUGGCUCUCCUGGUUACAAGCCACCAUCACAGUCAUUCCUACUUGGUUCAGUUAACAGAAGCUCAGACUGGGGAAACAUUUUGCAGAAUGGAUCCGUGCUUGUCGAUAUUCCGUUGAUAGAUCAAGGUUUUUAUGGUUAUAAAAUUAACGAGUACAGAGAGGAGCUAAUGACAGUCGGAGUCAUGUUCGAGUAUGGAGAGGCAUGUGAAUUUAUCGGGAAUCGUCUCAUGUCUUUGGCAGCUUCAUCUACCUUGACUAAAAGCAAUGUGAUUUCCAUACUGAAAUUCAUCAGAUUUUUGACGCUAAAUCUUCUUCCUCCAGAUAAAUUCAUUCUCAGAAUUAAAGAAGGAAGGUGGCUAAAGACAGGUGGGGGAUACAGGUCUCCAGUUGGUUCUGUUCUAUAUGAUCAGGAGUGGACAAUUGCGAGGCAAAUUAGUGACAUCCCUUUUAUUGAUCAAGAUUACUAUGGCAAAGACAUCCUUGUUUUCAAAUCAGAACUCCAGUUACUGGGCGUCGCAAUUGGCUUCAGCGGAAGUUAUCAAUUGGUUGCUGAUUACUUAAAAUCGCCUUUAUGGUUAUCUUAUCUGACAAUGGAGGCGUUUCUUCUGGUUUUAGAUUGCAUGCGUCAUUCUAGUUCUGCUGGCAAGCUAGUUAUCGCACUGAAAAGCACAAAAUGCUUAAACACAACCUUGGGCUACAGAUAUCCUGAUGACUGUUUCUUGUUUCAUCCUGAAUGGGGUUGCCUUCUAAAUGUUUUUGGUGGUUUUCCAUUGGUUGAUAGUAAUUUCUAUGGAAGCAACAUCAUCUCUUACAAAAAGGAGUUGAAGGACCUGGGAGUAAGAGUAGACUUCGAGGAUGCUGUCGAAGUGUUUGUUGAUACUUUCAGGAAGCAGGCAUCUUCCAUGACAAAGGAAAGUGUAUUUUCAUUCAUAUCAUGCUACAGAAAGCUGAAGGGAACUCCACACAAAUUUCCUUCAGACCUUAAGAAGUGCAUCCGUGAGGAAAAUUGGCUGCGGACCCGACUCGGUGAUUAUAAAUCUCCAAGCAACUGUAUCCUGUUUAGUCCUGAGUGGAAGUCAAUUUAUCCAAUUACUCGCCUUCCCUUUAUUGAUGACAGUGACAAAUAUUAUGGGAAUGACAUUCAUGAAUAUCAGAAAGAGCUGAAGAGUAUGGGGGUCAUUGUUGAAUUUAAAGCUGGUGUGAAGUUUGUCGCUGCUGGUCUUCGUUUUCCCCAAAAUCCAUGCCACAUAGCUCGUGUGAAUGUGCUUUCAUUGCUGGAAUGCAUCCGUGCUUUAUUGCAAGAAAAGGACUACUCCUUUCCUGAAAUAUUUCUGAAAAAUAUUUCUCAGGGAUGGUUAAAGACCCAUGCUGGUUUCAGGUCUCCGGGCAACUGCUGUUUGUUCAAUUCCCAGUGGAGUUCAUACGUGAAGCCUACUGAUGGACCAUUCAUUGAUGAAGACUUUUAUGGUUCUAACAUCAAGUUGUAUGGAAAAGAGCUCAGUGCAAUAGGAGUUCAUUUAGAGGUAGAAAAGGCGUGUUCAUUGCUUGCCAGUCAUCUUGAUUCCCAUUCUGAGUUUUGCACUAUAGUUCGAGUAUAUGAUUUCCUGAGACAACAUGAGUGGAAGCCAGAUGGUGAUGCAACCAGAAAGAUUUGGAUUCCAGAUGGACUUGAGAAUGGAAUGUGGGUUAACCCAGAAGAAUGUGUUCUGCAUGACAAAGAUGGUCUCUUUGGUCUUCAGCUGAAUGUAUUGGAGAAACAUUAUGAGCCAGAAUUACUUCUUUUCUUUUCCAGUUCAUUCAAGGUUAGAUCCAAUCCUUCAUUUGAUGAUUACUGUAAGCUUUGGAAGGUUUGGGAAAGUUUAGGACGCCCAUUGACACAUGCUGAGUGCUGUGCAUUUUGGAAGUGUGUUAUGACGCAUAUGAGCUCAAAGACAGAGAGAACUCUCGCCGAUGACUUGGUAAAGCUACCUGUUAUUUUGGGCUCUGGUGAAAUAGUGUUGUUCAGGAAGGCUGACGUUUUUAUUGCUGAUGACCUUCUACUGAAGGACCUUUUCGAAAGGUUUUCAUCACGCCCAAUAUUUGUCUGGUGUCCCCAGCCAAACUUGCCUUCUUUACCUCGAACUAGGUUGCUUGAUGUAUACAGGAAAAUUGGGGUUCGCACAAUAUCUGAGUCAGUGCAAAAGGAGGAAUUAUCAUUGGCAGAUGGUGUGGAAUUUAGUCAGAUGAAUCCGAGGAAUGCCAUGAUUGGAAAAGAGCUGGUGAGACUGAUUCUUGGCUUUCUAGCAGAUCCUUCUCUUGAUAUUGAAGCAACAAAAAGGCAUGGAGCUGUCCAGUGCCUCUUGAACCUGAAGGUCCUGGAAACUAUGGAGGCAAUUGCUGUAAGCUAUAGUUUACCGCUUUCUGAUGGGAAAAUUCUGAAGGUGGAGAACGCACGCAGUAUGAUUCGCUGGGAUAAGGAGAGUUCAAAGUUUCUCACACAGAAGAUGGAUGAAGCUGGUGGCCAGAAAAAUCUUAUUGAAUUUGCAACCAUUUUUUCUGAAGUAAUAGCUCGGGGGGUGCUAUGGGAUAAAGAAGAUCAAAUAAAAGCACUCUCCGAGCUGAUCAGGUUGGCUUUCGUGCUGAAUUUUGAUGAACAAGCUGUUCAGUUCUUGAUGAAAUCCAAUAAUCUUCAAACUUUUCUGGAGGAUGAGGAGUUCCUUGCUGCUGCUUUCCCUUCUGUUUAGGUAUGUGUGAACCCAUAAUAGCUGCAAGUUUGCAGCCUUCUGUUUUUUUAUCCCCUUUCCUUCAUCCAGCACCAUUUAUCUGUCUAAUAGCGUUUUAUUUUGUUAAUAUCUAUGAUGGUCUGAACUACUGGACCAGAUAUGUACGGGAGAUCAGGGUUAUGCUGAUUCAGUUAGUCUACUAUCAAGUAAACUUUGGUUUGUGUGUUUUUCAGCUUUGUUCACUCUGCAGCUGCAUGCGUGGUCAAUUUGAAGUAUAAAAUGUUGUGUAAUGAAAUAUUUUUCCGAUUGCA